AUGACUUCUUGUCUGAAGUGGGAGAAUUUUAGUAAAGACCCCGCAAAUUCAACAUAUCAUUAUUCAAAAUUAGCAAAGAUUGUUAUUGAGGAUCGAGUUAAUAAACGUGAAAUCCAGAGUGUUACAAUAGCAAGAGAUGAAGAGAUGGUGGAAGAGCCAUUGAUAGAUUUUGCAGGAUUAAGUGACUUCGAAACAACUCUGAAUGGUUUCGACAAUGAAGAUUUAAUUAAAGAAAUGAGCGAAUCAAACAUAUCAGAAUUUAAAUAUACAUUUCAAAAAAAUGCAUAA